AUUUCUAUAGCACAAGCGGUAACCCCAAGCUACACUCGGGCUUACCAUGCGGCGCUGCUCUGGGGGUCCCUGCAGCACUUACCUUGUCCUUCGUUCCCACGAUGUGUCCCCUGCUGCGUCCCUGGCCAUCUCCUCCGGCUGAUGCCAGCAUCCGGCUUCUGUGUUCCUGUCCCCGUGACGUCGGGACGUACGGGCGGCGGCGGGAAAUUUAAAAAAUGUAAAAAAUGUCAUUUUUUUUUUUUCAAUUUUAAUAUGCUUUGUCCUGUGCCCUGCCUGCAUUUUGUCUGUUCUUUC